GAAAUGAAGCCCAUUAUUAAGCCCACUAUGACAGCCCGGAUUAAGAACUCCGUCCAAUCCAACGGUCGAGUUUUCAUUUCAAGCGCGGUUUAUGCAGCUACUCCCUAAUUGUUCUUGUUCAUCAUCAAUCCAUCUCUCGUUUUCUCUCCUACCAGUCAACGACUGGCGAGAUCUUUGCUGCCAUGGAGGCGUCAAAUUUUUCCGCGAUGUAUUUCAAGCCCCAGCUGAACCGAGCUAGUUUAUUCAGGGAUGCAAAAGAUGCUGUACUGUUGGAUUGCAGAGAACAUAGGCAUUUACCUGGAUUCUGCACAAACAGUCUUCGUGCUCGUCCUCACAGGCUAAACAAUGUGGUUUUGGGUGGAAAUGCUGGUGUAGAACCUAAAUUUCAACCUAUUUCCAGUGGUCGAACUUCACGAGCAGUACAUUUGGUGCAAGGAUCAAGAUCACGGUUGUUGGUAUCGUGCCAAGUCACAAGAGAAGAGUCCGGUGGAACAAUGAGCGGUGAAAGCAUCUUGCUGAACGAGCAAACGUUAGAGCGAGAGUUGCAGCUUGCUAUAGAAGAAGAGAACUAUGCCCAAGCGGCAAAGAUCAGGGAUAGCCUUCGGCUUCUCCAGGAGGAUAGCAAGGCAUCAGUGUUAGCAGCAAACGCCAGAUUUUACAACUCGUUUAGGAAUGGGGAUUUAGCCUCCAUGCAAGCUUUGUGGUCGAAGGGCAAUCAUGUGUGUGUCGUGCACCCCGGUGUGAGCGGGAUAUCUGGUUAUGACCUUGUGAUGGGGAGCUGGGAAUUUGUUUGGGCGGACUACGAAUUCCCCCUCGAGAUUGAGAUCAAGGACGUUCAGGUCCACGUGAGAGGCGACGUCGGGUACGUUACCUGCAUCGAGAUGGUAAAGACCAAGGGCAGUAGCUGGGGAAGGCAUUUUGCGUCGAAUGUUUUUGAGAAGGUUGAUGGUCGGUGGUUUAUAUGCAUUCACCAUGCCUCGUAUGUUGAUCUUUGAAACAGACUGUAAAAACACCAAAACCACUUUUUUUGAGAGAUUGUAAGACCUUAAAUACUGGUUUUGUGAGGGAGAUUUGUUGUACGACUUAAAUACCUUUACUGUAAUAUUUGUAAGGGUCCGAGAGUCUUUUUGCUGGCUUUUGACUUUUAUUUUUACUUGGUGCUCAA